AUGAGUGUUGAGUCAUCCAUAAAAGUCAAAUGUGAAAUUGGUAAAGAAUGUUGUUUAAAUUCAAUACAAGAGGAAGAAAGUGCUACUAAUUCAUCUAAAUCAAAUGAAGAAGCAAGCGACCAAACCAUAUCUGAUAAUUCUGAUAAUGAUGAUGUCAUUAAUAUAUCUGAUGAUAAUGAUGUUGAUAAUGCAGAUAUUGGCAUCAAUGAAAAUGUUUCAAAAAAAAGAAAACCACCCAGUAAAAUUACAAGACCUAAAACAAGUUGGGUAUGGAAUUUCUUUAGAGAAACUGAAGAUGGUAUUGCAAUGAGUUAUCUAAAAGCAUUACAAAAAGGUGAUCAAAAUCUUAUUAGUAAUAUAAUUGAAGAAGAAAAAUCUAAAUCACAUCCUUAUUCCAAAUAA